UUCUCGGUUUCAGAUCACCAGUGCCAGCAAAUAUUUUAUGUACAAUCAGAUGGGAUACUACGCUGGUAACCGUCAGUAUAACCAGACGUUACGUUGCAUAGCCCCAGGCCAAGGUCAUCUGACGUCAUUAGUGCAGCGGUCAUGGGGCGAUUCCGAGUGAGGAAGCAGAAGAUGGCCGAAACGCCUACGCGGUUCUACUGCAACUACUGCCAGGACGAGCUAAAGGCGUUCAGCGUGCGAUGUUGCGAGUGCACGGACUUCGACCUUUGUUUACAGUGUUUUUCAGCUGGUGCUGAGCUAGGAUCCCAUCAAAGAACCCAUGACUAUCAAAUUAUUGACAAUGCACUUCUAGCCUGUGGUGACAAAGAAUGGAGUAUGAGCGAGGAGUAUUUAUUACUAGAUGCAAUAGAAACAUUCGGCUUUGGAAAUUGGGCGGAUGUUGCAAGUCACAUAGGUUCCAAAUCCCCAACGGAAGCCAGGGAGCAUUAUGACAGCAAUUAUAUACACGGUAACCUGGGCAAAGCUGCUGUUCCAGAAAAGCCUUCCUUCAAAGUUCAAGACCACACGGGGCCAGAAGAUGGUCCUCUCUCACCUAGUCUUAGAGCCACAUUUACACCAGUAGAAAUGUCAUUAGCUGACCAGCAGGAGUUGGGUUAUAUGCCUCUCAGAGAUGACUUCGAAAGGGAGCAUGACAAUGAAGCAGAAACUCUAGUUAGCAAUUUAGCAGUAACGAAUGAAGAUGAUGACCUAGAUAUCACUUUAAAACUUAUUCAUGUUGAUGUGUACACAAGUCGGCUCAAGGAGCGACAGAGACGGAAGAAGAUAUCCCGAGAUUUUGGCAUCAUCACGGCAGCGUUGUCCUCAACGGCCAGUAAAACUAAAGAUCAGAAGGACCAAAAAUCUACAGCAACACCAGCAGUACCUAAGAAGAAACCAAGCAAGGAAGAGACAGAGCUGAAGGAGAAGAUGAAAGCUUUGGCCCAAUUCCAGACAGGCAAAGAACAGGAAGAGUUCUUUGAGAACCUACAGAAGGAGAAAGAGAUCAGGGCAAGAAUAAAAGAGCUGAUCAAGUACAGAAGAAAUGGCAUCACGAAAAUAGAAGAAAUAUCGGAGUAUGAUGAGGCCAAGAGCAAGCGGGAUAAGAGGAAGGAAGGCAAGAAAAAGAUUGUUGACAAGAGUAAACGAAGUGCAGUCAUAUCCGCCAAGAAGACUGAACCUAAAGAAGAACCCAAGAAAGAUGAUCGUGAGAUCGUAGAAGAUGAAUUCCAGGCAAUAAAAGCAUCUCCCGGCUUCAACUAUCUGUCAGACAGAGAGAAGAGGCUUUGUAGCUCCAUGAAAAUGAAACCAGCUCGGUAUAUAACCCUCAAAACAGUCAUUAUCAGGGACCAUCUCAUGCGACGCCAAGGUCUACCAUGUAAGACCCGUUACCCUAGCAACCUAGACAAGUCACACCGGAAACGCAUCACCAACUAUCUAACCAAAAGUGGAUGGAUCAAGGUUAGCUGAUGAGAGCUCCUCCUCUAACUGCUGCAUUUAACUCUCAGUUUCGUUGUUUUGUAUUGUCGAUAUAUUUGUAUUGUAAAAAUUUAAAAACCCUGAAGAUUUGGACAAAUGGGAAACCUUUCCAUUAAAAAUAAAAAAGAAGAAAAAAACUAGAGAUUCGUUGCAAGUCCUUUGUAAAAAGAAAGUUUUAUUUAUCAGGUCAUGCCUAGUUUGUACAUAGUUUAGUUCUCAGCUAAACACAGAGUUACACAGGAGAGGAAAACGUAGCUUGCCAGAAUUGCCGGCACAAACUUGAGUCUUGGGCUAGACUGUUUGCUGUCUUGUACAGGUUUUCUUGGAGAUGGAUAGAUUGGGUUUAUGAUUAUGAAACGGUGAAAGCCUGCUAUCUACUACAUAUCUAAAUGCACUUUGUAUCAUUGGAGUUGUUUAAAUGUGUACAGUACAGAGAAGUGUUGAGGUACCCUUUGGAGACUAAGGGUACAUGUACAUUCAGGUAGCAACAUAUGUGAUGCAACAGAUGUGAUGAUGUGUCUAAUUUAGAUAGAAUGUGCUUAUUGGUAUCUUGAACAUUGGAGGAUAUUGGAGGAUUCAGGAAGUUCCUGUGUGAGUUUGGGUUAAAAAGCUCAAGUCAAUUAAUAGUAACAAGUCAACGAUUAUUAUGUUUGUGGCCUUGGGCAAGUAGUCGCAUUUUAUUUAAGUCAACAGUUUGACACUCUCUCCCUACUUAAUUUUACCAUAGAGAAAGUCUCUAUGGUUUUACUAAGUAGAAGACCAUGUCCAUCAAAAUCCAUCACUCACUCCGCUUCACUUAAUGCUUCAGGACCAAAUCCCUUGAAAUCCACCACUGGUGCUGGUGGAUUUUGAUGGAAUUGGUACACAUGGCUUAUCUGCAAAAAAUCCUCCCAAAUGGGGUAUGGAUUUUGAUGGAGUUGGUAAGGUUAGGGUUAACGGAAUGUUUAGAUGCCCUGAACUUCUGAUAAACAGAGAUUGGUUUUCUUCAUUUGAGACCUUUGAGUAUAUCUGCUAAAUACUGCUUUUCCUGUGAUUUUCUCGUACAUUGAAUCAGAAAUCUAGCUACUUAAUAAGUCUCAUGAUAUCAACAUUGACCUUCAAAUCACCUUUUUUGAAAAAAAAUCUGACUGAAGUUUGUUGCCGAGUUUUCACAAUCACUUUUGUAUGGGGGCCCUUGAGGAGGAGCAGAGUGGUCCACUGACAAUGGUUAUAGCGCCCUCUGUUGAUCCAUAUGGACUGUCCGGAGAUGACAGCCAAAACGUUCUUGCAAGUUUCCUAACAGGUUACUACAUUUAAGAAAAACUUAAGUCAUACUUUGGAAUCCAGAAACUUAAGAUCUUCCAUGUGACAAAGUUUUUAUUGAGAACUGUUUCUUACCAAAAUUGAAACAAAUCCCAAAGUCAGAAAUUCACAACAGCGUUUUCACAAUUGCAUGGAUAUUUGAAAUUUUACAUGAAAGUAAAAUAUUAUGAAAAAAAAAGAAAACUAUUAAACACUGAAAAUAAUAGUUACCAGUGGACAGAUAUUGCAACUCGUCUUUUUCCUGUAAACUCUUUUCAGUUCCACAACCUAAGGACCAAAUUAAGCGUCCUGAUUAUGUUCACUGUAACAGCUCGGUUGUAAAGGCCACAAGGUCAGAUGUGUGCUCUCUGUCCAAAGUGUGUAUGUAAAACAGUGACAGAGAUCUUUCUUGUUCGGGGAAGGGACUAUAAACUCUUGGGUACACAUUGUUCAGUUGGUGGAUGUAUUGGAGCUACGAGUACCAUAGCACACUUUUCUUAGCAGUUCUUUUUCCCAAUGAAUAAACAUGGCAAUAAGGUUUUUUUGGUUACUGCAGGGUAAAUUCUAUUUUUUGCUUAACUAAUCGGCUCCAUUACAUUCUUGGUAGUAGCUUGUAUUGUUCAGGCAGUGUCAAGCUGAAAAGCUUACUGUGAUGGUGUCAUGGUCGGUGUGGUGCCAUAUCGUGACGAGGACUUUUGACCUGUCAUAAAACAAGAAGCCACAAUUGAAAUUCUGGAAUUCAAAUGAAACUUCCAGACAAGCUGUGAACUAAAGGCAUUCAAACUCUGGUCUGAAGUCUGAAUUUGUGUAUAAGUUUUUUCUGUUUGAAGUCAAAUUUAAGAAACAAUCAUAUCGGUGGGAAGGGGUGGUGGGAAGGGGUGAUAACAGUGAUUGGGAUUGUGGUUUUCCGGAAAUGUUUGAUCUGGAUAAAUAUGCGCAAACUUCAAAGUGCCAUUUUCAUGAGUCAGUGUGGUCACUUUGCAGUUGUACCGACUUUGAUGAAUUACACAGUACUGGGCUUUUCCCGAAACAGAAAUAUCUUGAGUGAGGUUUUGUUAAAAAGUUCCUAUUGUGUAGUGUCAACCUCAAGUAUUGUUGGGUCUGGAAUGGUCGGGUCUUUUUGUGCCAUUCUCACCCAUGAAAAAUGUAUUGGUGCUGGUUGUCUCUGUUGUAACUAUGCAAGAGCUUGCCCAGAAUCACUUGAUAUUAUCCACACACACAUAAACGUGCUCAAAGAAUCCAAAUUUGUUAUCCAUUAUAACAAGGCAGUCAACUCAUAGUCAAGAGAUAGUCAUCUACCCAACUUGUGAGUAAUGCAUAACAUUAGUGACGGGAUCAAGCUAAAUGAGUCAUUUGUCAGGAUUUUUUAUGUGGAGAUACAGGCCAAAAUAGGGCCACUUCAUCACAUUUCUUGGUGUUCCGACUUCCAUAAUUUUUGAACUAAAGAUGGUAUCAGCAUGCAGUUUUCACAGCAGUUAUGCUGAGAUUGUGCUCUUUUGAAAUCUGUAAUAUUUUUUUUUUUAACCAGGGUUGACAAACGACUCAUGCAGCUUGAUCGCAUCACAUUUGUAGCAUGGUAUUAUGCCCUCAUUAAAAUGUGCAAUAUUUCUUUGAGUAUAUCAUACAUUGGCUGGGUUAUGUUUGAUAUUUAAGAGUCCCAUAUAGGUAUCAGUAGAAUAUCUCAGAGGUUGUGGAUAUGCACUCAUUCUAUGUGGAAUCUGGCAGUCCACUGUGUAUAAACAAAAAGGGAAGGACACUUUAAUCAAGUCAAUUAUAAGGCAAGUCACAAGUCAGGUAGCAAGAACGUGGAGAUGAAUAUUAAGAAAGGAAUGCCUCUGUAACAGUUUAUUUGAAUAACUUUUGGUUUGACUUCAGACUGGAUUACUUGUGAUUGACUUGUGAUGUUUUAUUAUGACUUGGUUGCAUACAUACACAAUUCCAUGACAAAAAGUGGGACUUGGUUAUACUUUGUCUAAUUUAAGACAAAUGAACAAUUAUAAAUUGUAAAAGUAUUCACCGUAACACCCAUCAACUUUUAAGUAAAACAAAGCUGAAAUUGGUUGAAGAGACAUAAUUUAUUAGAGAUUCCAUGCAUAAAAUAAAGUUACUGGAGUGAUUUGAUUGUUUUUCAAUUCAAUUAGUUUGUUGGUCACUGCAUUUGGCUUUUUCAAUACUUUACCGUUUGUUUUGGCACCACUUCAGCCUUUCAGUUGAAUGAGUUUAUCAACAUUUGGAUAUUUUAGACAUUUCAAAUGUAAAUUCUUUGUAAAACAGCAUUUCUCUCCUUUUUUUAUCAAAAUAAUUGUCUGCUAUUGUGAACCUUCAACAGAUAUUUCUUUUACUGAAGCUUAUACAGUGUCCUCAUAUUUUUAAUUGCCAACUUUUUGUACUAAUAAUUUCCAUUUCUACAGUGUCCUUUACGUGCAGUACUUUCAAGGUUCUUUUAAAGUAUUAGAACUUCUUUAGCUGUUUCGUGAGUUUUUAAAAGUGGUGUUGUUGCAGCGAGAACGCACAAACAUUUUUAAAAUAUUUUCUUUUUUUAGGCCUGUUAUGUAUAUACAUGUAAUGUGAUAAUCUGCCAAAACCGUCCAAGAUCCCCCUCUUUUUUUUAAUGAUAUGCUGUCACCUACGUUCCAUGAUUUGUGUUUGCACAUCUUUUCAAUAAUGAUGUCCUCUUCCGCUAUUGUUUUAUUUCUUAUAAUCUGGGACAGUUAUUCGUCUAGUAAACGUGCCACCAAAGUUGGUUCUUUAAUUUGUAGACUAAUAAGUACUUACCUAACCUUUGCAAGGGGUGCCAAGUUUGCUUUAACGAAAAAUCUCGCGCCACACUUUUCCCCCCUACUUUAUACUUUUUCUCUCUUUGGGAAAGAUGGAGGCAAGCACAAGUUGGUUAAAACUUGUCAUAACAUGUAUUCAGUAAAACAGUAUUUUGGUCAUAUAGAUGUUGAUUUAAAGGUAAGGUUUAGUUAUUAUGAAUUUGAUAAGGCCCUUCAGACCAGUUUCCUUGAUUUUGGUAAUAUAACUGGUUGUUGUCACCAUGCAUGAAUCCACACAAGAACGGAAUGUGAGAUGAACUCCAUCUGUUUCACAUGUGAUUAAUUUUAUAAAAGUACAAACUUCCUUGGGUGACAGAAAAAGCAAAAACAAAAAGAGGUCACAGGUGCUAGUUUUUAUUUGGAACAGCAAAACAGCAUGAAGAAUGUGCUAAAGCUGGAAGGGAAGAAAGAUAUUGUCCAGAAAAACUGCUAUUCAGGUUUUUAUGUUAAUGCUCAAAUCAUAAUGUAUUUGUAAAUGCAGAAAUAAGGCCAUUAUACAGCACAAAAUAAUUAUUUCAAGCGCUGCAUCCACCUGUGAUUACAUUUCUCUCACUUUUUUAAAACAGUGUCUUGAAUUUAGUUGAUUUUGGAUGUAAAACAUCUCACAAAUGCUGCAAGUGUUUGAUUUUGCAAAUCAUAUGAAGCGAUUAUGUCUAACUGUUCAUAAGACAUUUACUGAACUCAAUGAGUGUUCCUCAAUAACCCAUUACAUCAUUGUAAACCAAUAGAAUUAAAGGAUGCAUAAUCUUAUCCAAUAGCUGCUAAGUAGUGAAAUACAUGCAGUGGCUAGCAGUUCACUUGGUAAGAAACACUGAAGAAAUGGAUCAAUAUUUGGAAAGCCAUGUUGAUUAAGUAAUGCUGAGCCUCCUUAAAAUAUGCAAGUUGCCUAUCAAAUUGAGGAGGAAAUGGCAAACAUGUUUCGUUAUACCAAUUUUGAAAAAAUUAACUUGUUCAGAUGUUGGUUAAUAUUUUCUUGCUCAAAUGAGUAUUUCUAGGUUGUUAUUUACAUUAGAAAUGUGGGUUUCUGUUGAAUGCUUAUUUUGGUGUGAUCAUGAGAGAAUCUUGUAGUUCUGGUAAAUUUGUAUAGGUGAUGAAGAGAGGUCGGAAAUCUGUAGUUCGUGUGGAAUGUAAUUGUUUGUGAAUAUUGUAACAUGGGAGACUAUGGAAAGUGUUUAUAUUAAAAACUGUAGGAUAUUUCAUGCAAUUCAUUGUUUAUUUAUUAAAUGGCAUGAUUUUGCCAUCUACCAUAUAAAUGAGUUGAUUGUGAA